GCUUGUUGUUGUGAAGCUAUUUACUGUGAUAAAACUGGUGUUUGUUGUCAUGAUCAAACCAAUCAACCUGAUCAAUCGGACAUUUUAACUUUAUUUUCAAUCAAUUAAUAACACAAUUUAAUUUCAAGUUUCACAGUUAAAUCUAAUCAAAUUAAACAAUUAUCAAAUUUCAAUCAACUUCAUCAACAUCAUCAUCUAUUAACCAUUGAAUGUCUAACUUCAAUAUAAGCCAAGAAUAACAAGAAUAACAAGAAAAGGUCAACAUCAAAGGUUAACAAGACAAUACAAAUGGACUCUACAGUAACUGCUAUUGAACUUAAUCAUCAUAAUCAUCAUCAUCUAAAUCAUCAUCUUAAUCACUCAUUUGGUGUUGGUGUCUCAGUUGAAGGAGCAUUUAAAAAGUUAAAAGUCGAACCAGGAUUAACCUCAUCAUCAUCAUCUUCACUAGCAUCUUCAUUGUCUUCAGCUUUAUCUACAAUAACUCCAACUACAACUGGUACAGGAACUACUGGUACAAGUGGAACAGGAACAGGAACAAAUAAUUCAACUCCAACACCAAAUUGUCCACCAACACCAGCUCGUAGAAGACAUCGAACAACAUUUACACAGGAACAAUUAACUGAAUUAGAAUCUGCUUUUAAUAAAAGUCAUUAUCCUGAUAUUUAUUGUCGUGAAGAAUUGGCAAGAAUAACUAAAUUAAAUGAGGCUCGAAUACAGGUUUGGUUUCAAAAUCGUCGAGCUAAAUUUCGUAAACAAGAGAAACAAUUACAAAAAGCAUUAUCAGGACCAAGUGCAAGUGUUUUACCUUCAUGUAAUGGCACUUUAAUGAGAAACAUUUAUCAAGCAACAGGAGCAACUCAUCAUCCUGUAUUGAAUCAUCAUCACCAUCAUCAACAUCCAUUGUCUCGUAAUUAUUUAACUCAUCAUCAUGGUCAUCAUCAAUAUAAUGGUAAUGGAUUUAAAGACACAUCAUCACCAUCUUCAGUUUCCCUGACAGGAACAACAACAAAUUACCAUAUGAGUCCAAGUCAACAUUUUACAAUGGGUACAGGUACAGGAACAGUUACCUCGAUGGGCUCAAAUUCAAAUUCAGAUGAUUGGUAUAAUAAAAAUUUUUCUGCAUUAACUAGAAUCAAUUCAACUCCUCACUCAAAUUUAACAAAUAAUCUGACAUCAGGACCAUCAAUGCUUCAAUACACGACUCCAUAGAUUAUGGAUUGCAGAAUUAUCUGAAAAGUCUAUAAUUGAACAAGAAAUAAUCUCAUAAAGUAUAAAGUAAUCUGCUAAUAACAACAGAUUUUAAGAGUAAAAACAGUCGAUUGGUAACAAAUGUUCAAUCAAAUUUCAAAGGAUAUACAUAUAUGCGUCUAUUCAAACAUGUACAAUUGAUUAAAUAUGACGUUAAAGUCAAAAAUGUAUCUUCUCAAAAUAAACAGCUUUUAUAUAAAUCUCAAUAA